AUGGAGACUACACAGAAGACCUGCGUGACCUAUGUGGCAGCAGACUGUGGUUCUAUCAUCCCGGGGAAGUCCGGGGCAGCCACGGCUUUCAAAGCAGUCAAGGUUCGCCAAAAACUGCUUCAAGCAGAUGUGGAUGUUGUUGAUAGUGGAAUAUGGGGUUACCAUGAUGCGUCCCAGCAACUAGAUGUGCUCGAAGAAACCAUGACUUACCAGCCAAGUCCCUUCGUACCACGCGACAUCCGCAACAGAGCUGACAAUCUGGAGCUCCUUCGCCAAGUGCGACGGAAGAUGAUCAAGAACUUCGGACAAGAGCCCAGUGCUUUCCAAUUGAUUCUUGGUGGCGAAUGCUGCAUGCUGCCGGUCAUCCUCUCCCACGUUAAAAGACAGUAUCGAUCCUACGGCACGGACGUGGGUCUCAUGUAUAUCGAUGCAGAUACUGAUAUGCAUUCACCAGGGGACGCCGAUUGGAACGGCUACUUUGCGAGCAUGACCAUGACGCAGCUCAUGGCGCGUCCCGGGGCACUCGUCGACUCGAAUGCCGAUCCCGUACUCAGUCGCGAUAUGCUCUGCGAUGCUACCAACACCGUCUUCUUCAGCACAAAUCUCCUUCACCCUGGGAACAAGCGUGAGCACCUAGCUUAUCUCAAUGAAGAGCACUCUCAAGUUUUCUCGUCAGAAGCAGUCGCAUUCCAUCCGCAGGCGCGUGCGUGUGACGCUUUGUAA